CCCUUUCCUCUCACAGUCGCAUACCAGAAAUUUGGUUCGAGAAACCAUUAUUCAAUUUCGAAGCAACACUCAACAAAUACCACACAUUCCUCUCUCCAAUUCCUAAUUUACAUUUUCUCUCUCUGGUAGGUUUAGAGAGAGAGAGAAGAAGAAGAAGAAGAGGAAUGAAGCUCUCGGCGUUGCAGCAGAGCUACAUGAAUCGAAGGAACAGCAAUUUGAGAGGAUCGGCACCGUUGGAUUCGUCUGCGGACGGUUCGAUUAGGUCGCCGGCGGCGAUCUUUUGGCUUGUGCUCCAUGGACUUUGUUGCCUCAUCAGUCUCGUCCUUGGAUUUCGUUUUUCUCGUUUGGUUUUCUUCUUUCUCUUUUCUACUCCUUCCUCUACUAAUAAUCUUUAUCCUGUGCCGUUUCGGUCUGCUUCUGAGCUCGGUGGUGGUGGUGGUGGUCCCUUUGACUUGCUCCGUCGUUCGAAUCCUUCCGGUGAUGAAUUCCCGAUGAAUAGGACUGUCCUCACUGGUGGUUCUACUAGCCGUGUGGUGGUUGGCCGCCACGGGAUCCGAAUCAGACCUUGGCCGCAUCCGAAUCCGACUGAGGUCAUGAAGGCGCACCAGAUUAUUGACACGGUUCAGAGGGAGCAGAGGCGUCAAUUUGGAGUCAAGAACCCUAGAACCGUCAUUGUGGUGACUCCCACUUAUGUGAGGACGUUCCAGGCCCUUCACAUGACCGGUCUGAUGCACUCGCUGAUGCUGGUGCCGUACGAAGUCGUUUGGAUCGUGGUGGAGGCUGGUGGAGCUAGCAAUGAGACCGCUUCGAUCCUCGCCAAGUCGGGGCUCCGGACCAUUCACGUUGGAUUCGAGCAGCAGAUGCCGAAUUCUUGGGAGGGUCGUCAUCGAUUGGAGGCUCGGAUGAGGCUUCGUGCAUUGAGAACUAUAAGAGACCAGAAGCUAGAUGGGAUUGUGAUGUUUGCGGAUGACAGUAAUAUGCAUAGUAUGGAACUCUUUGAUGAGAUCCAGAACGUGAAAUGGUUUGGUGCUGUUUCAGUUGGAAUACUUGCUCAUUCAGGUGAUACGGAGUCAGAAGAAUCAUUGGAAUCUACAAAGCAGAAAAAGGAAGAUGAGCAAAACUUGCCAAUGCCUGUUCAGGGUCCUGCUUGUAACUCUUCCAAUAAGUUAAUUGGUUGGCAUACCUUUAAUUCGUUGCCAUAUGCGGGAAAGAAAGCAAUUUACAUUGACGACAAGGCAACGGUGCUUCCCAGGAAGCUUGAGUGGGCUGGAUUUGUGUUGAAUUCCAAGAUGCUUUGGAAGGACGCUGAAGAUAAGCCAGAAUGGGUUAGGGAUCUAGAUACAUUAGAUGGAGUUGGUGAGGAUUUAGAGAGUCCCUUAUUCUUGUUGAAGGAACCUUCCAUGGUGGAGCCGCUUGGAAGCUGUGGACGCCAGGUUUUGCUAUGGUGGCUUCGUGUUGAAGCUCGGUUUGAUAGCAAAUUUCCUUCCAGAUGGAUAAUUGACCCUGCUUUGGAAGUGACUGUACCAUCCAAACGAACACCAUGGCCUGACGCUCCUCCCGAGCUUCCUUCUACUGAAAAUCUUGAUAUGGGGAACCAAGAACACGCAGCGAAGCACUCAUCCUCGACGAAGACUCGAUCGCCCAGAACAAAACGACGUAGUAAGAGAAAGCACGACCCAAGAACAGUAGUAGACUCUACACAAGUAUUUUCAAGACAUAAUAAUGAACAAAACUGAUCAAAUCUACCAUCGUCACACGCCCCCCAAGUUUGUGAAUUUGAGACGUCAAUAUCUUCGACAUUAAAGCAGAGAAGUCCAAGACCUGGUUUAUGUGAUCAGAAGAGUACCCCUUAUCAUAAAUGGCCAAGUCAAUCCAUUUUCACCAAAGUUUCACAUUUUUUGUUCUCCUUUCUUUCUUUUAUAUAUAUAUUUUUUUCGUUGGUUGAUUGAUUUUAUGGCCUCAUGAUGAUGAAGAAGAGAGGCAUUGUGAAUGAAUGAACAAAGUCUUGUUAUUGCUACGUUCUGAUGCCUUGUAGGAAUUUGUAUUCGAAAUCUAUACACAAGGAAAAAACAAAUCUUCUAAGAUAGGAAUUUUUUUAGAGUUUGUGUUCCUUUCUCUUAAACGAAAUGUAAUAAUAAAAGCUCCCCAUCAUUCAUUGGA